AUGGGCUUGCGAGUGUCAGCCUUGCUACUCUCCGUCGCAAUUCGAUUUUCACGAUAUCGAGCGUCUAACGCCGAAUGCACUUUACUAUUCUUCACCAUCGAAAAGGGACGCCUGCACUACCGCAACUGGAGUAUCAAGCUGCUGGACGGGUAA